AGCACCCGCACCCCGCGCAGCAGCAUGGAGCGCCGGGUUGCCCGUGAGUUCCGGCACAAGGUUAAUCUGCUAAUUGACAAUGAAGCGGAGAAGGAUUACCUUUAUGAUGUGCUGCGAAUGUACCACCAGUCUAUGAAUCUCCCAGUGCUUGUGGGGGACCUAAAACUUGUGAUUAAUGAGCCAAGCAGAUUGCCUCUAUUUGAUGCUAUCCGCCCACUUAUCCCAUUAAAGCACCAGGUGGAAUAUGAUCAGCUUACUCCCAAAAGAUCACGAAAGCUGAAAGAGGUGAGAUUGGAUCGUUUGCAUCCUGAAGGACUUGGAAUAAGUGUGAGAGGUGGAGUGGAAUUCGGCUGUGGCCUUUUUAUCUCCCAGUUAGUUAAAGGAGGCCAGGCAGACAAUGUUGGACUUCAGGUUGGAGAUGAGAUAGUUCGUAUAAAUGGAUAUUCCAUUUCAUCAUGCACACACGAGGAAGUCAUAAACCUCAUUCGCACAAAGAAAAUAGUGUCCAUAAAAGUCAAACACAUUGGCAUGAUACCUGUCAAAAGUUCAGCAGAUGAACCCCUUAAAUGGCAGUACGUGGAUCAGUUUGUAUCAGACUCUGGGGAAGGAAAGGGCAGUGUUGCUGGUCUUGCUUCUUCUGGAGGGAGAGACAAUAAAGAGAAGAAAGUCUUCAUUAGCUUGAUUGGUACAAAAGGCAUGGGAUGCAGUAUUUCCAGUGGUCCAACUCAAAAACCAGGCAUUUUUAUCAGCAAUGUUAAGCCAGGCUCUCUUUCAGCAGAGGUGGGCUUGGAGGUUGGAGAUCAGAUUGUUGAGGUAAAUGGAGUGGACUUUUCUAAUGUGGAUCAUAAAGAGGCUGUCAGAGUGCUCAAAAGUAGUCGUACAUUGACUAUCUCUGUGGUAGCAGGUGCUGGAAAGGAGCUGUUCAUGACUGAAGAAGAAAGGCAGAGAGAAGCACAUCUCCGUGAGCAAGAACGCCAGGAGCUAAUGCAUCAGAAGCGACUUGCACUGGAAACUAACAAAAUCAUCAAGGAGCAGCAAGAGAAAGAGAGAUUAAGAAAACUGGAGAUUUCCCAGAAGGCUGCAGAGGAAGAAGAGAGAUAUCGCAGGGAAAUAGAGCAGAUAACAGCAGAAGAAGAGAAAUUUAAAAGGCAGUGGGAAGAAGACUGGGGUCCUAAAGAACCUCCUAAAUCUCUACAAACUGUAACUGCAGAAGUGCACUCUGCCCCUCGAUCCAAACACAAAUCUUUUGGGUGGUUUUAUCGGUAUGAAGGAAAGUUUCCCACAAUCCGUAAGAAAGGGAAGGAGCGAAAGAAGUCAAAAAGUGACAGUCUGUGUGAACAGAAGAAGAAUAAAAAGGAAAUGGAGUUUGAGCAAAAACUUGCCAAAGAGAAAGAAGGAAUGUUGGAGAAAGAAAAACAACUGAAAAUAAAUCGUCUCGUGCAAGAGGUAUCUGAGACAGAACGAGAAGACCUGGAAGAAUCAGAAAAGGUGCAACACUGGGUGGAAAGACUUUGUCAGACACGGUUAGAACAGAUUUCCUCUGUAGAGAAUGAGUCUCCUGAGUUGGCGAGUGGACGUCCUCCCGCUUCUUCUGCCACGUCAAUGAGGCAUUUUGCCGGUGGCCUGCAGCUUCAUACCACAGAUCUUGAUGAUAUAAAUUUAGAUGAAGUUGACAAGCCUAAACAGCGUGUGGCACCACCCCCACCCCCCAUUGUUACUCCAGCACCAGCAGCUCAUCCACUUCCUACAUCAAAUGUUCCACUUCCAAGGGCUCCAGCCUUGGCAGUAACACCACCUUCCCAGGUUGUAAGAAACACCUCCCACGUUGGCAAAGCAUCUUCUGUGUCAAGCAAUCCACUGCAACUUGCUCCAAGUCCACCUACCCAACGACAUCCAGGGGUACCAAUAGUCUCUAAACCAGUCAUGCUGCAUCCUGACCCAAACUAUAUGGUCAGGCCAACAAUCAAAUCAGAGGCCCUGCCACAAGAGAUGUUUAAAAGGAUGGUGGUUUACAAUUCAUCAUUUAGAUCUAACAAAAAACAAGGCUUCCAGAAAUAUUUGGAAGAUUUUGAUCCAUAUUCAAUGUUUACUCCAGAACAGAUUGUGGGAAAAGAUGUUCGGCUAUUACGAAUUAAAAAGGAGGGAUCAUUAGACCUUGCAGUUGAAGGAGGAAUUGAUUCUCCAGUUGGAAAGAUAGUGGUGUCUGCCAUCUAUGAAGGUGGUGCUGCAGACAAACAUGGAGGCAUAGUGAAAGGGGAUGAAAUACUAGCUGUAAAUGGCAAGAUAUUAAUUGACAGCACGCUGGCAGAAGCACAGGCAACCCUAGCAAAAGCUUGGAAUAUGGGUGGGGAUUGGAUUGACUUAGUCAUUGCAGCAUCACCUCCAAAAGAAUACAACGAUGAACUCCCUACUAUUACCUCAUCAACAGUCAGUCCCAGCACACACAGAAAGGUUUUUGAAGGCAGUGCACCUGUGUACAGACAAGGGUAUCUUCUGCAGCUGUAGCCACUGCAGUGUUCCCUCAUGGUGA